AUACACCAAGCAAACUACUCCCUCUAUCCGAUGCAACAGGGAGUAAAAAGUAUUUGGUAUACAUCCCCAACUGCAUAGGUCAGGUAAACAUCCUGCAAGAACCAACGCACCUCGACUAUCCCGAUAUCACAUUCCCCACCUGGGGUGUGUUCAGGGAAAGAAAAUAAAAAAAAAACCCUCCACCCCCCGCAAUCAAUAUAGCCCAAAACGAACAAAACCAAACAAAACACAGCGCUUUAUCGAUAGUCUUAUAAAACCCCUCGAUUGACCCCUCAUCGCCUGUGACGAACGCUGUCGUUCAAGUCCAGACGAAGUUUACAAGCUGGGAGAACAGAAAAGGAAACAAUGAGUUUCUUCUCUAAGAUCUUCAGAUCCUGCCUUCAGGGUCGACGGAGGCAGAGACAGAAGCAGAAACAUGAUCGUGAUACCCCGCCGGCUGUGCCGCCUAAGGACCCUGUCCCUUAUUCAUGUCCCCCCGGGGUCAAUCCCGAUUUGGUGAAAAAGCCUUCUAUCCGGAUUGUGGAGAAGGAUGAAGGUGAUGAGGGGAGACCCGGGUCUCGGUGUGGGAGUGGUUAUAGGGGGAAUGUGGUUGAGACACCUGUGAAGGUGUCUGAGGAGACUAUUGUUGCUGUUGAGGGGGACACUGGGUUUGAAGGUGUGGAAAGAGAUUUCAAGGAUGAGGAAGGUGAACAGGAUGAAGAGAAAGGGGAUGAUCAUGACAAGAAAGACGACCGACAACCGCACUGCAUCCCCGAGAGACCGCAAAGGAAAAAUACCGUCAAGGGGCCCGAAGUCAGGAGUCGGAUGAUCGAAGACAUCCCCGAAGAAACCGACACAGAGACCGAAUCGAAGAUAAAAGCACCCGACCAAGAACCGGACACAACAAUCCCAGCCAAAGACGAAAAAGGCAUGCCAGCCUGGCGGGUCAGUCGGCGCAAAUCUCUCGUCGAAAUCAUCAACCUCCUGCAGGCUACUGCGGCGUCGGCGCCCAAGCUAUCUAGCAUCCGACUCCCCAGCAUCCCGCCCAAAUCGCCGCUUCGCACGCGCGGCUCAGUGGCAUCACUCUCUUCAUCUGUGUCCUCGGCCACGAUGACGGAAGAUGAACCCGCUAAUCUGAAGAAAGAACGAAGGAUGGCCGCGGUGAUGCUUCGCGGUGGUCGGUUUGGAAACCGCAAAUCAGCGGACGAGACGAUGAUAGCAUCAGCUACGGCUAACGAUAAGGAGAAGCUUCUUUUUUGCUAGGAAUGGCGUUUGGGGUUCGGGGUUUUUUCUUUGGUGUACUUGGUCGAUAUCGGGGGGUUUUGUUUCCUUUAUAAGGAGGUUUUGGACUGGAAUUUCUUGAUUUGUAUACUAUUGUGGGGGUUCUUGUACAGGUGAUUUUGUUUUCGGUGUGGCGUGGUGUAUGAUAUAGGUGUGUUCAUCUUUCUUUUCGACGAUGUUUUAUGUAUGAAUAGUAUCAUAUUCAAGUGAAAGAACAUAGUGGUCAUUGAUAAUUCUUGGAACCGUAGCGGGUAUUAAAACUUGGGUAGACUGUUAGUAUUGC